UCCUCCGUUUCAAAGAAGGAAAAGGAAAACAAAUCCGAAAAGGCGAUAAAAGCCCAGUCCUCUCUCUCUCUCUCUUUUCUGCAGAUCCAAUUCUUAUAAAUCCCCUCAAACUUUUAUAUUAUUACAAAACUGCCAUUCUCUUUUCCGAUCAUAGACUUAGUAUAAAAGAAAGUCCAGAACUUUUUUCGUCAAUCUCUUUCUCAAAUUCGUCGAAUUUACGAAACUGCCAUUCGCCUUCCUUCCUCUCUCUCACAGUCUCUUUUCUUCGAUUUCCUAAAUGUACGGCUCUGGAAGUUUUCCGAUGGCCCGAAAUCACGCCAACGGCGAUCGCUUCUACAACCCACCAGCCAUCCGUCGGCAGCUCCAGCAACAACAGCAACGGCAGCAGCAGCGGCCAUUGAAGACGAGGCUGCCGCCUCCGGUCUCAGAAGCACGGGAGACGGAGAAUCGCGCCGAAUCCGACGAUUUGAAAGCCUCGGUAUGUUCUCUGCCACCGGAGCCGAGGCUGCCGUCUGGUAACUUGGAUCGGUUCCUUGAAUCAACCACUCCCAUCGUUCCUGCCCAGUACUUUUCCAAGACGAGUAUGAGGGGCUGGAGAAAUUGCGAUGCGGAGUUAUAUCCGUAUUUCAGUCUUGGGGAUCUUUGGGAGUCUUUUAAAGAGUGGAGCGUGUAUGGAGCUGGAGUCCCUUUGGUGUUGAAUGGGAGCGACUCUGUUGUUCAAUAUUAUGUUCCGUACUUGUCGGGUAUCCAACUAUAUGUAGAUUCAUCAUCAAAGCCUACAUUGUCGUUGAGGCGACCUGGUGAAGAGAGUGAUGGUGAUUCCUCCAGGGAUACAAGUAGUGAUGGCAGCAGCGACUGCGAUGUUGAUAGGUCAAAACAGGUUGGCGAGAGCACGUGGAGUCAUCAUAAUCCGAUGGACCCGAGCAUCCUACGAAUAAACAGACUGUCCUUAAGGGAUAAACCUCAUCUUGUGGGUCAAGAGGGUUUUUCCAGUGAUGACGGCGAGGUUUCCAACCCUCAUGGGAUUCUGACAUUCGAGUACUUUGAACAGGAUCCCCCCUACAGCCGGGAACCUUUAGCGGACAAGGCAAGUUCUUUCUUUCUUGGGACUUGAUCGAAGUUUGGAAACUCAUUUUCCAUGUUAACAACCUGUCUUGCCAACUUGCAUCACAGAUUUCAGUCCUUGCAUGUCGAUUUCCGGAGCUUAAGACGUACAGGAGCUGUGACCUACUGGCUGCUAGCUGGGUUUCAGUGGCCUGGUAUCCAAUAUAUAGGAUACCCACGGGCCCCACACUGCGUGAUCUGGAUGCUUGCUUUUUGACCUUCCACUCCCUUUCAACACCUUUUAGAAGUACAAGCAAUGUUCAGCCAGAGGUUCGUGGUCCAACGGUUAGGAAGGUUGGUAGUGCCAUGGACUUGUCUGCAAAACUUCAAUUACCAGUCUUUGGGCUUGCCUCCUACAAGUUAAGAGGUUCGGUCUGGACCACCAACGGUGUCUCGGAACGCCAACAAUCAACUUCACUACUCCAACAUGCUGACAAUUGGCUCCGGCGGUUACAGGUUGAUCACCCUGAUUUCCGGUUCUUUGUUUCGCACAAUACAUAUUGGAGGUAAGGGGAAGGAAGGUCUCGGCGUUCCACUGAUUGGUUGGUUGAAUCUUGUGCGGAGUUGCUCCGGCAUUCCCAUCUAUCUUCUAUUUAUCUAAGUUCGUCUUUACGUAUGUAAUGCGAAAGACUACUAUUAUCUUGAGGGAAGUAUCUUACCCAAAGGAAAGGCAGCUGGUUAUCCAUGAGAUAAAAACAGCAGAAGAAGAGCCAGAUUAGUUCUGGUUUCCGCCAAGGCAAAAGAUGAUGGGAUGCGGGGCCUCUUAUUUUAGUAGGGUGCAUAAGGUGGCAGGAUCACAACCCGCUUGCUUAAUUUUUAUCGCAAAGCGAGAACAAUAAACUUGUAUGUUCUGCCUUUUUGUUUCCGUCGCACCUUAAUUCUGUCGGGAGUUGCAGGUGUUGGUGCUCUAAGCACCAGGGAUUUCUACGAUAACAUUUUAACACUGCUGCUACGAUAAAUCUUUGUUAUGGAUGAAGAAGGUUAUGAUGAUUUUGGAUGGUGACGAAAGAAAAAACAAAAACAAAAGAACUGUAGUUUAUCUAUACUGAUAGUUUCUGAAGGAACACACCUCUUUCCUCAAUCACAUUGGGGGUGUAUCUUUCUGCAGUGAAUAGAAUGUGAUUGUAUGGAAGUGGAGUUGAUGUUUA